CUAGUUUAUAUCACUCUGGUUGUCAUCUUGAAGACUCUGGACAUAGGAUAUUGGUCUUAAAAAUGAACUCUUUACAUCUGUUACUGAUAGUUGAUGCCACUGCUAUAGUGAUUUCAGACCAGACAGUUAUUUCACCAGCAACAUACGGCAUUCAGUUGCUACUUGAUUCCACAGAUGAUAAUUUACCAGAAAUGAAGGACAAGUUGCAUCAAUUGUGUGAGAUACUCCCAGUGCAUAGCAACUUCAACGUGGAUGUACUAAAGGGUGACCGGCGACUAUCAAAAUCAGCGUUUACAAAAGCUAAUGACUUUGAAAGCUGCAAAGAUGCCUUUCAUGCUAUGAUAUUCGAUCCCGGUGAUAAAACGUACGGAAACACCAUUUCUGGAAAAUUGGUUGAGUUUGGCAUAAUAGAGACAUUCCCAUAUAGUAAAGAUCCAUCAAUAGAAAAUAUAACACCCAAUGCCCAGAUAGUGAUAUUGGUGGUAGCUCCAGAUGUUAAAUUGACUGUGCCCAUAGACAAUAUGGGAAUAAUUACAUACAUUUUGUGCAGCCCAGACACAGACAAAUCAAGUUGGACUACAAUGGCCACGGAUGCAAGGCACGUCCUACAUUUUAGAGAGAUAAAUACGAUAAUGGAAACAUUGCAAUUUGAUUCAAGCCACCGAUGCAAGGCCUUGGAAUAUUAUCUAGAGGGCAUAGGAUCCUGUAUAUCAUGUUCAGCAUGCGCAGAAAGCGAAUGUGGUCUACAGUGCAAGUACUAUAAAGAAAAAUUGGAAAGUGAGAUGCUAUCUACAACGCAAACGCCAAUAAUUGCAGUAACAAAAGUGCCAACAACAGAAUACGACCCAUCAAAAAGUCUGGCGACGUUAGAUGCCACACAACGAAAAGAGAGUGAAUACAAAUCAAAUGAUACAUUGGUAGUUCAGGUUUUAAUAAGCCUUCUGUUUGUAUUCUUCGUCGUCGCAGUUGGGGGUUAUAUUCUAUCUAAACGUUGUGGAGGAAUAUGUAGAAAGAAUGAUGUUGAGAUGGUGCAUGGAGAGCAAGCUCCAUUAGCUGCUUUUAAUAUAACCGAACCCUUUUCUGGCAUUCAAGAACAAGUUGAGCAUCGAAUCGCAGAUGUUGAUAGUGAGGAAACAUGCCGAAUGAGUAUAGACGACCGAUCAGAGUCGCAACAUGAGCCGAACGAAGACGACAGCGGAAGAGACACCAGUCUAAACAGGUCCAGCAUAUUAUCAGACAGCCGAUCUAGCAUUGCAACUGAUAGACGCCGUACUAGCAUGUCGUCUGGGUUUGAAACUGACUCAGUUCCGAUUUCCGAUGUUAUUGCAAGUACCUACAUCGGGGAUGGAAUGUUCAACUUACACGCAGCUUCAAGAGCUAAUGCUCAUCAGGCAUUCGAAGGUCAUGUGAAUGGGGAUGAUAUGUCGAGAUUCUGAACAAUACAUUCAACAUACGGACAAUCACGCGAAAAGAGAGAAGAGUACCGAUAAUCAUGAUGCUCGUAUCUGAAAAAUUUGUUAACUUGUCAUUGUUUGCUCUUUUAUUAUCCCCACGCUUUUAAAAAAUGUGGUUAUCUCCGCCGUAUGUCCGUCCGUCUGUCCGUCCGUCCUGGCCACUAUCUACUCCUACACUAUAAGCACUAGAACUUUGAAACUUACACACAUGGUAGGUAUGAGCAUAUAUGCGACCCUGCACUAUUUAGAAUUUUGAUCACACCCCUGGGUCAAAAGUUUUGGGGGUUGGGGUGGGGCCGGGUCAGAGAUUUUCACUCAUUUUUUAUGUUAUUUUGCAUUAACUUCUACAUUUCUACACAUGAACGUCUUCAUUUCUACAACGAUUUACUUCCAAUUGAUACUGAACAUCUUUUUGACAAUACGGUCAAUCUCAACUAUGCAUGGGCCCAUUACCAACCCUGGGCGCCCCCCGCCCACAUAGACCACGCCCACCCAAAAUUGCCUUUUACAAUAACUUUUUCAUUUCUACACCGAUUUACUUCAAAUUGAUACUGAACAUCUCUUAUGACAAUACGGUCAAUCUCAACUAUGCAUGGCCCCAUUACCAACCCUGGGGCGCCCCCGCCCACAUAGACCACGCCCACCCAAAAUUUCCUUUUACUAUGACUUCUUCAUUUCUACACCGAAUUACUUCAAAUUGGUACUGAACAUCUUUUAUGACAAUACAGUCAAUCUUAACUAUACAUGGCCCCAUUACCAACCCUGGCGCGCCCUCGCCCACAUAGACCACGUCCACCCAAAAUUGCCUUUUACUAUAACUUCUUCAUUUAUACAGCGAUUUACUUCAAAUUGAUACUGAAUAUCUUUUAAGACAAUACGGUCAAUCUCAACUAUGCAUGGCCCCAUUACCAACCCUGGGGCGCCCCCUGGGUCAAACAUGCGGCGUGGGGAUACGCCUCGGCCUCUGCCGCGCCAUUUCUAGUUAAAUUUAGCAUGUUUUUAUGUUAAAUCAUGAUGUGCGUAUUUAUUGCUAAAUUGUUGUUACAUGUACAUCACAUACAUGUAGAUAUCGCAGUCAUGUAUACAUACGCAAGUUUGCUCCCUGUAAAGCUUUUAAAGGGGCGGUCAACCAGAUUGACGAAAACAGACAAGAUCUAAAAUAUCGUAUUUUUUACAAUAAUAAGAUUAUAUUGAUUAAAAUAUCACGACUGGGAUAUUACAUUACUUGAAAAAAGUUUUAAAGUUGUCAUAUUUUCAGUAUAUUCGGUAAUAAAAUUUUACUGAGUAUGUCUACCUGGUAAUUCGGACAGUUCUGUUGUGGUCGUUCUAUUUUGUUAAACUACGAGGAUUGCUUAUGUAAAGUAUAAAAUACAACGCUCAUGGAUGGGCGAGUGGUCUAAAUGGGAGACUUUUUACUCUAGAACUGCACGGGUCAGUGGUUCGAGACCUGUUCAUGGUUACUUUUUUCUUGAUUUGUUACUGGAAAUUUUUAGAUCCAUUGUUUAAAUUUAUCAACAUAGAGCAUUAAAUUACGGUAUUUUGGAACUUUUCUUUUUUCGUCAAUCUGGUUUACCGCCCCUUUAAUAAAUAACUUAGGUAAGGUUAGUCCGUCCAUAUAAUAAUUUGAUAAUAUUUUGUACGGCGCCUCAAUUAUUUCAUAUAAUGAUUCCAAAUACUGAUUUACCUGAUAUUGCUUCGUAUUAAAUACACAUAACAGUACACUGGUUACACGUGUACACAUACCCGGUCAAGGUCAAAAUGCUUGGUCAAAUGUUUAGUGGAAGCAGUUUGUAAAUUCAACAUAACUUCAAGAAUUAUUAUAUUAAUUGUAAUUUAACUCUGGGUUAUUGUUACUCAUGAUGAUUUUCUGUUAUGAGUUAUGGUCAUAAAUGAAGUCAUGGUAAUGUGUUUGAACUAUGUUUCAAAUAUAAAUAUACUUCAGGUUAUCAUUUCUUAUAUAUAAUUGGUGUUCUUUUAAGUGUAUAUUUGUGAUUUAAAUGUCAAUGUCGAAAUGUCGAAAUUCACGGUCGUUAAUAACGGGCGCCACCUACAGAGUUCCAUAAACGACAGCCUACUGUCUACCGCAAACUGCUAACUGCUUAAUGUCAACUGUCUACUGCUGACUGCCACCUGCUUACUGCCAACUGUCUAUUGUCAAUUAUACUAUUAUAGUUAUAUAGUCUAUAGUUUAAUAUAUGUUGUUCGCAAUCGUUUUAUGUCGUUAGUGAUUUAAUUGGUCGGACUAUUUUCAUUGAAUAAAGAUCAAUGCUCUAUGUGGACACUUAUUAAAAUUCACUUUGCAUAUUCGUUCAAAAGUAGCCCCGCCACAAUGAGGGUACCUUGUUAUAUAACUAGUAGUUAGUUUAAUCCUAAUUGACUACACUCAAACUCCUGACAUUGGCAACGAGAUGUUUUGUUCACAAAUUCUGAAUAUUCUUCAGUUUUUGUAUGUAAAUUAUUCCUUUUGGAAAACAAAAUAUUUACAAAACUUGCAUGGUUGUACAUUAUAAUUACAAAAGUAAAUAUAUAUAUAUAUCAAAUUUUGUGUUUACCUGAAUAUCAAGAAAUAAGAGCAGAUCAAGUAUAAGUUACAUAAUUUAAUGAAUAUUUUAAUCUAUCACGGGUUCAGUGAAAGGCAAUUCCAGAUGAACCUGUGUUAAAGAAAUGAGGAAUGGUAUACAUCACUAUUAGGUAUGGUGUUUUCUUCAAUGACGUUCAUAUUUAGUUUCAGGAUCUGCUAUUAUCUUCAUCGGUAAACACACUAUAUCCAAAUAUAUUAGCCAAAGCACCUCCAUAUUUUUAUAAGGACUUGAUGAAGCAUAAUGUCAGAAUAUCGUGAGGGUGAUUACAUAUAAUGUAAGUUCAUAUAGGAACUAUUACAAUCAUAUUUAAAACAUAUAAAGCUAGUUUGUCAGUGAGUGAAAGCGCAAUGAUACAAUGUUCUCAAACGGUCAUAUGACCAGUAGGAACUACACUUGUACAUUGUUAAGUGCUUUAAUGGUACAAGUUUGUUUACUACAGUAAAGGGACUUUUUUACCAUUUUACGAUUCAAUAUUUUGUCAAUCCUGCUUUGCAAACAUGUCAGAAAUACGUAUUCAGCGACUCUUGAUAUAGACAUAUAUUUGUAAUAUGUUUGUAUGAAUAUUUAUUUACACAAUUAUGAACAUUUUAUGUCAUGUGUGCUUAUAUUUCAAAUUGAUCCUUAUCGCGUUCGGAUUUCAAAUAUGAUGUGAUCAGAAUAUGUAAACAAGUCCUUUUAAAGUAGUAAAAUAGAAGUGCCUAACUUGAAUAAAAGUCUCAGUUGAUUAAACUUACAAUCACUGCUAGAAGAAAAACAGGGUUUAUUAGUGUGUCCACUCAAAGCAAUUGUACGUUGUUCUAUAAAAAUUGUACGACAUUCUACCAUACUAGAACUAUUUUUUUUAGAAACAUGUAGUUUCUUUAAAAACGUUUUGCAAAAUAGUUUUAAUAUGUUUACUUGCAAUAUUUAAUAUAAAUUGAGUUAGCAUGUUAUCAAUAAAAAAACUGCUAUAUUUUACCACUUGCUUUUUCCGGAUGAACAAGUUGACAGGUCUCUAUGCAUGACUGUGAGUAUUAUUAAGUGCAGUAACUACAUAGUAUAUUUGUCUUGUCCACAUGGAAAGAAAUUUAUUCAAUAUUUUAAUAAUGUUAUUAUUGUUAUGCAUUUGAUAAAUAUUUAAAACCAUAAAUUCUUAACUGUAAAUAUCGUGCAAAAAUGAUUUGUCUCUUGUUAGCUAGUUUUAGCUCACCUGAGCACAACGUGCUCAUGGUGAGCUUUUGGGAUCACCUUUUGUCCGUCGUGCGUCGUUCGUCGUCAACAUUUUGCCUUGUGAACACUCUAGAGGCCACAUUUCUUGUCUGAUCUUCAUGAAACUUGGUCAGAACAUUUGUCCCAAUAAUACCUCGACCGAGUUCGAAACUGGGUCAUGCAGUGUCAAGAACUUGGUCACUAGGUCAAGAAAAAUAAACAUCUUGUGAACACUGUAGAAGUCACAUUUGAUGCCCAAUCUUCAUGUUACUUUGUCAAAAUGUUUGUCUGAAUGAUAUGUUGGUUGAAUUUAAAAAUGGUUCCGGUCUGUUGAAAAACAUAGCCGCCAGGGGGCGGGGCAAAUUUUCUUAUAUGACUAUUGAGAAACCUUGUGAACACUCUAGAAGUCACAAUUUUUUCCCAAUCCUCAUGAAACUUGGUCAAAACUUGCUUUUAUUGAUAUUUUGGACAACUUUGAAAAUGGUCUAGAUUGCUGAAAAACAUGGCCACCAGGGGUGGGGGAAAUUUUCUCUAUAUGUAUAUUGUAAAGACAUUUGAACACUCUAGAAGUCGCAUUUUUGGGCCAAUCUUCAUGAAAUUUGGUCAGAACAUUUCUUUGCUAGAUACGACAGUUGAGUUCGAAAAUGGUUUUGAUUAGUACACAAACAUGGCCGCCAGGGGGGGGGGGGUCAUUUUCCUUAUAUUUACAAAGUAAAAAAGCUUGUGAACACUCUAGAAGUCACAUUUUUUGCCUAAUCAUUAUGCAAUUUGGUCAAAACAUUGGUUUUGUGGAUAUCUCGGACGAGUUCGAAAAUGGUCAUGAUCAUUUGAAAAACAUGGCCGCCCAGGGGGUGGGCAGUUUUCUAUAUAUGAAUAUAGUGAAAAGAUGUGAACAGUCAAGAAGACACUUUUUGUCCAAUCUUCAUGAAAUUUGGUCAGAAUAUUUGUUUCCUGGAUAUGAUUGUUAAUUUUGAAAUUGGUUUUGAUCCGUCAUUAAACAUGGCCGCCAGCAGGGGGGGUCCUUUUCCGUAUAGUUACAUGUAUAUAAUGAAAAAUGCUUGUGGACACUAUAGAAGUCACAUUUUGUAUCAAUCAUCAUGAAAUUUGGUCAACAAAUUGCUUUAAUGGAUAUCUCGGACGAGGUCCAAAAUAGUCGUGAUCAGUGAAAAAACAUGGCCGCCAGGGGUGGGGUAGUUUUCUCUAAAUGUAUAUAGUGAAAACAUGUGAACAGUCUAGAAGACCCAUUUUCAUGAAAUUCGGUCAGAACAUUUGUUUCCUGGAUACGACUGUCGAGUUUAAAAAUUGUUUUAAGCCAUCUAGUAACAUGACCGCCAGAGGGGGGGGGGUCAUUUUCCUUAUAUUAAUAUAGUAAAAAAGCUUAUGAACACUUCAAAAGUAAAUUUUGUUUGCCAAUAAUCAUAAAACUUGGUCAAAACAUUGGUUUUAUUGACAUGUCGGAUGAGUUUGAAAAUGGUCGCGAUCAGUGGAAAAACAUGGCCGCCAGGGGGUGGGACAGUUUUUUCUAUAUGUUUGUAAGAAGCAUUUUCCUUAUAUAUAUAUAUUUUUAAAUAAAUCUGGGUAUAGAAACAUAGCCGCCAGGGUGGUAAUUUUCUAUAUAGGCCUAUUGUGAAUACUUUGGAACACCUUAUUUUUUAAGUCUGUCUUGUCAUACCAAUAUUUUGAAAUAUUUGCUGAAGAGUUUUAAUCUUUGUGUCUUUCCAUGUAAGUCUCUCAGGUGAGCGAUCCAGGGCCCUCCUGGGCCUCUUGUUCAAAGUUAAGAUGUUUUUGUUGGUAAAUAUGUAUUAAUUCAGUUUGACAAUGUUAACUGUCGCAUACAUUAUGUCAUUUAGGGAAUUUAUCGGUCAAAUUGCCGCGCUCUUAACAUUUUUCGGAAAGAAAUUCGCCUAGUACAUAAGUGUUUCACUAUGUGUAUAUAAUUUUAUCUGAAGUAAAAUGCCCAUACUUGCGUGCCACUAGUGUAUGCCCACAUGGUUUCCGUCAGUAUUUAUAGUUUUAUUUUUGUUUACAAAAAGUUUAUGCGGUAAAAUUGAUUUAGAUCAUCUUAUUUAAUUGUUAAUCCGUAUUUGUUCGGAACCAAUAUACACUUAAAUGAUGAUGAUUAGACAUAUUGUAAGAUUUAAUUGCUUGAACACAAAUGAUAAAUCAAGAACAUUUGUUUUCAUUAAGUUUCUAUUUUUACUUUUCAUAGACAUUUAGAUCAUGGUUUUCAGCUGAAAAUGCAUACAUACGCUAGUUUAUUAUUGAAAAUUAGAAUAUUGGUCUCAAUAAAAAAAACUGUUUUAUUAGAGGUUAUAUGUUGCAAUAUAUAACAUUGUUUGUCACAUGUUCGCACCGACAGUAACGGGUGACAUAUAGAGUUAACUCUGACCAUGUAUUCUCGCGUUUGUACGUAUGUUCGUUUGUAUGAAUGUUUAUUUGUAUGGAAAAGAUCACGAAUGUUCGUUUUUGCUCUUCAACAUUAUAAUGACUUAGAGAAUUUUAACACAACUUCGUAUUAUUAUUCCCCAUGACAAGACACGUUGUUGCGUGCAACUUACAUGCUAAACGGCAAAAGCGCAAGGUCAAUUUAAAUAUUUUUGUUUCCAUUUUUACACUAAUAUUCCAUGGAGAAGUUUAAUAUAACUUCGAAUCAUAUUGUUUAAAAAAACUAGCUUGCCGGGUUAAAUUGUAAAAAAACCUUGUUCAUAUGCCUUUAAAUAUCACACUUAUGAUUUUGAAGAAACUUAGUCCAAAUGUGUUCUGUGAUUUUAAAAUAACUUAAACUACCAUCAAUGGUAACACAAUAACAAGGAUAAUUAGUCUGAAUAGAGGUCUAUAGGGGAAAAUAUCUAUGGAAAGUUUAUUACUGACUUAAGUGAAGACAAAAUAAUGCCACAAUGUAGAAUCUUCACAAUAAGUAUUAAGUUAUCUGGUUAGGUGCAGUGCACCAUUAUUAUAACUCUAGAUUCGAUGUUAACGCAUUGUAUUUCUUAUUACUUAAUUGUAGAGAUGUUCAUGUAGGUAAUGCAAAUACUUUUUUUAAUGAAUUGUGCAUGUAGUCACGUAGAACACCGUUGUGUAAUAUAUAUAUAUAUGUUUAUUUCGUGCCAUAUGUUUUAUAAGGUGUUCAUAUAGUGUUCGAAUUCGGAUUUGUUUUGAUCAAGUUGUUUUUUUAAACUCGGAAAUGGUAGUUUGACUGUUCCUUUGCUGCAGAAAUGUGUUGACAAGUAUAAUGUGUAUUUGUUGCCUCGUGUUCAUUUUAUUAUGAACAUGCUCUGAAACAUCUUUAUUACCUAGCAAUGUUUUUUUGCAAAUACUAAAAAUAAAAGCUAUCCAGACAAUUAGGCACAAUGAUGACUAUGUUAAUUUGCAUUUUUGUCAUUUGAUUGUCAUGGUAAAUGAAAUUGUAAUUAUUAUUGAUGGAAAAAAUGUAUUCACCAAUUAGACGUGUUAAUACUUACGAGAAUUGUUUAAGACUUAAAAAAUGCAUCACGUACACCAAAUGAAGCAGACUAUUGAAUUCUGUAAUAGUAAAAAUAUGGUAUUAUGAAGUAUUGUAAACAUCAUUUUAUGAUAUAAAUGCGUACAUAUAGCAGAACUGUUUAAUUAGAUGAAAAAAGGUAACGUUAAUAUAUGAAAUAUAUGAUUGCAUGUAAUGGUAAACAAUCACUAACGUUUUAAAGUUUUUAGGUACAUACUUAUUCAUAGCGUUUUGUCGAAACAAUCGAUGCAUACUUUAACAAAACGUCGAAAAUAUAUUUCAAUAUGUGCAUUACGAUUUUAUUUAGUUAAGUUAUUAUAUAUUUAACCAUCAGCACAAACAUGGUGCACAAAGGGUAAACUAGAAGCAGAUUGUCCGUCCGACCGUCUGUUUAUCCGUUGAGAUUCUUUUCGGGGGCAUAUUUCUUAAACUAUUACUAAGUAUCAACUUGAAAUUUCACAAGUAUAUGACCUUAGUGUGAGGAAGUGCAGGGCUUCAAAGCAAUGAAUAUAGCUUCUUUAUUUUGAAAGUAUUUUUUCUUUGCUAUUUCAUCUCAUCUGACCACGAAGUUUUCAUGGUGAGCUAUUGUGUCGUUUGUCGACCAUCGUCAGCGUCAACAAUUUUCUUCUAAAGACAUAUACUCCUCCAGAAUUUCACACAACUAUUAUAUAUUUUCCUCCACACUUUCAAGAAUCUACAAAUUGUCUUCCAGAUUGAUUUUACUAAAUUAUCACAUCUCGUCCUGCAGAUGUUCGCGAACUAUGACCUCUCCUCCAGAUUUUUCACAACACGUAUGAAUUCUCCUCCAGAUUUUUCACGAAACUAUGGCCUCUCCUGCAGAUUUCACGAAACUAUAACCUCUCCUCCAGAUUGAAUUUUCGAAACUAUGACCUCUCCUCCAGACUGUUUUCUAAAACUAUAACCUCCCCUCCAGAUUGUUUGCCAAACUAUGACAACUCGAUCGGAAGAUUUUCAUGAAACUUCACAGUAAUUAUCUGAUCCAUGGGUUAAACUCUUUUAUAGUUCAAAUCGUUCCGGUUCGCAGUAUGUGUAAGUCAACAGUGCUCAAAGUAUUUUCAAAAAGGAAACUUUUUUCACGGGAGCAGAAUUCUCAACAGUCAAACAUUUGGUAUGCAAAAUUGUAUAUUUAUAAUUUACAGUUUGUUCGAUUUAUACCCGAGAGGUCGGAAAUGACCACGUCACAGUUGCAGCAUAAUUAAAGACAUAGCAAAAUCAGUUAAUAAAUUCUCUUCUGUUAAACGACAAAGCACAGAUGUUUGGUAGUUGGGUUGGUUAUAUCAUAAUUUAAGUGGCCUUUUGAAACAUUUUGUCAAAUAUGUAUUGUUUAUGGGGGUCAAAAAUGGUUCCGCUCUGCUGGUUUGCUCACUGAAUCAGGUUAAACACUGUCGUUAAUGUUUGCAUUAUUAGAAUCGACAUAUUAAUUGUUGUAUAAAAUUGAAUGGUGUCAAUUUCAACGAAAUAUUGUCAUUCAUUAUUCUGAAAUCUAAUUGUAUAACUAUAAAAGUUAAAACAA